AUGCUAAUCGCUUGGAAAAGAGCCACGUCCGAGUGGCCAUUGCGUGGAUGCGUGUGGAGCGUCUGGAUCCCAGCUGAUCAGAAGCGCGGCGUCUGGAGGAGAAGGGUUCCAUGUGGAUGUGGUGGUGAAGGAGAUAUCUCGUUGGUACUGCUGGAUCUAGUCGUGGGCGAUAUGUUGCCGAGGAACGUGGAUCACGGAGCACAGGCGGGAGAAUCAGCCGAGAGUCAUCAGCAGUCAUCUGUCUUCAGAACCAGCUCUUCAGAAAAUCAACGGACAAAAAUCAUUUUCAGACGGUCGUGGGGGAGCUGGAGCCCAUCUCAGCUGACAUUGGGCGAGAGGCGGAGUACACCCUGGACAGGUCGAAGAAUACUGAUGUGUUGCCUCCCAGCUCUACGCUGCUGCCUGUCUCUGAUCUGCCUCCAUUCGGUUUAUAGAGACAUGCAGACAAUGAGCUGGGUCCCGGUAGACCUCAUUCUUACAACAGGGGGGACUCCCAAACCUAAUAUCCACAACACAGAGCCUCCCGCUGUAAAGAAAGAUACCAGACAUGGUUUGAGGAAACGAAAAGCAUCAUCUCCACCAGAAGGCCCCAGCUACCUAUUACAGCCAAAAAGGAGCAGAAUAGUCACUGCUUUGUCUACACACAAACAUGCACACACACACACACACACCCCAGCUCACACAGUGUCUGUGGUAGGGACAGCGAUCAGCUCAGGACAGCUGCACAGCAGCCUCAGCAUACUUUUCCUGCUUGGAUGUCCAGCAUUGACCAGUGGAAAGAAUGAAGGAUCACACAACAGAUGGAGCCAACACAGAAAAGUGAAGGCCGUCUCUCUUGGCUCUGGAGGCGGCGCUUGGUGUCCAAAAGUUCCAGCAAAGCUCUGGAUGCUCUGGCGGCCAUACUGCCGCGGGCUUUUCUGUAUGAAGAUACCUCUGCUUUGCUCAGACGCCCACUCCGACUCCGGCGACCUCUGACACCGAAAGGGUGAGGACCACAAACACAGGUGUGCUGCAGGGACCGCCGCUCAACACGCUCCGCAUCUCUUCUAGAUCAACAACCAACAUUAUACUGGGAUGUCUUUCAAGUGUUUAUUUUCCCUGAUGGUCUGGCCCUUCCCACCUCAUUGAGGGAUUGGUGUCACCUGCUUGGAGCCUUUAAGCUGGGUGAUUUUAAGAUGGCUCCCUCUCUCUCUCCCUCCUGGAAGGCUGGUGCCUUUCAAGCACGGAACGUCGUGGCUCCACUUUGUCUUCAGAGGUACGCCGGUGUGGAUGUUGAAUAAGAGGAGAUCCACCGGAGUUAUUGGACACCCCUGUCAUGGAUCCACCUGGCAAUCCAACGUCAAGCUAUAAAAAGACUCACUGAUGUCAUCCAAGAAAAUGGCCACACAUGAGAGAUACCCUGCAGCAGUCCCUCCUUGGUCCGUUGAAAAAUAGCUGGACUAGACGAUACUCCAAAAGAUGCCAUCUUGACAGAUCUGCCCUGCACCGGGUGUGAAGGAAAGAUGUCUGAGCGGUUGUUAACAUCCCUCCUUUGCCUGAUGGGGUGAAAGAGAUCUGCUGCUCCCCGGGACAGAGGAGACCUCAUUUUUAUAUGUGAACGGCUGUGAACACCGCUGAAUGACACACUACAAAGGUUGGAUGUGCCGCUGCCCUUUCUCUCUUAAAUGAUAGCUCUUCCAUGUCGUCCAGGGCAGAAACAUCAUUUCACCCAGGAACACACACCUGCUGACGAGCGCCGCAACAUGACAGAAAACAAGGGCUAGGCAGCUACAGGAUCCCUGGAGGUCCACAGUUCGAAUUGAGCACACUCAGCGCAGACCCCCAGGUCCAAAACCAUCUUCAGGUCAAAUAAUGUGACUGGACCUUUCCUAUCAUCAAUCAGAUUAUCCUGGAGAGUAAAAGCAUUCAAGAAUCCUGAUGACUCCGGAGCAGCCAGAGCAUGACAUUGUAUUUGCCAGUGUGUUUGAAUUGUACACAUGGACCUAUUUUAUUCAUGCUUGACAUGAAGAGACAACAUCUAAAUCCUUUGAAAAGCUUUCUAUCACAGCAGAUACACACUGAUACUUCUCUUAACAGAUGUUAACAAAACAAAAACAAAAAUUACUAUAGGACACAAUGCAAAAUAUUAUAGGGAAUCAGCAAUCAACAGUAAAGUUGUAAUGCAGGUUAUAUUUUAGGCACAGCUAUUCUGCUUCAUGAAAUUUAUAUAAGCUUACUGUAGCCUUAGUAUGCACUAUGAAGAUGUAUUAAGUUGGAAAAAAUUCACAAACAGAAACUUAUAUUGAACGUAAGAUUGACAGAUACAUCAAAACUGCCAUAAUCAUUUUUUGGCCACUUGGGCACAACAAGCCCUUAACCCAAAGCUGAUAUAUUAUUGCCUAUAGUUCAUGCAAACAUGUUAGCAAACAGUUGCUUAUUUACACAUCCAGCAGAUACGGAGUAAGAUUAGCAUUUUUUUGGAAUUGUGUCUCUUGCUAUCUCAUGAAUGUCCAAGAUUCACUCUCUUUUAGCUCCGUUUUUGGUCUCCACCAACUCCUGAAAAAAUAUCUGGCUCUUUAGCUGC